AAUAAGUAAAAAUAAAUCCGCCAAUUGUUCCGAUUUCAAAAACGGAGCAUUUUUGUGAUGAAUACGCUUAUGAUAUAGCUAGUGUGUAAUUGGAAAGGACUCUCAUGUGUUCAAUUAUGGUAAAAGAAAAAUUAAAGAAAUGGACUCUCAUAUGUUCAAUACUGAUAAAAUAAAAAUUAAUUGUUUAAAAUUGGAUCGACUGCGUUUUGUGAUAGUGUUAAGAACAAUUGUAUUAUUCAGAAUUCAGAAAAAAUGUAAAGUUGAAGUAAAACACUCCUUCUAUUCUUUUGUGUUCUUAAAUGUAUACCCGCAUUAUAAACGAAUUGCAAAAUACAAAUAUUUUCUAUCAUACUAUUUAUACUGAAAAAGUAAUUCUAUGUAUAGCAUGAAACUCAUCUAACAAAUUACAUCGAGAAUUAAAGCAAAAAGGGAGGCUACUAAAAUACAAUUUAAAUUAUUAUUAAUACCAAUCACAUGAGAAGUUUAUGAAACGAAUGAAAAACUUUGUGCAUACUUAAGUCACUUAACAGCCACAUGAGUAUUAAUUCUGAUGUCGGCAUAUAAAUUAAAUACUUUAACCAAAAAGAAAAAACAUCUUAGUGGUCAUAUGGCACUCUCGUUCAGUUCUCUUUCUGGUGUUGAUGCUCUUCCAUCAACACAUAGACAUAAUGGCGGGAAAAAGUUAGCGGUUCGGAUUCAAAUGCUUGACGAUUCUAUAACAAUGUUUCAAGUACAGGCAAAAGCAAUAGGAAAGGUUCUUUUUGAACAGGUUUGCCGUCAGCUUAAUCUUCUUGAGGCUGAUUAUUUCGGUUUGGAAUAUCAAGAACAUACAAGCUGUACUAAAUAUUGGUUGGAUCUUCUCAAGCCACUGAAUCGUCAAGUAGGCUUAUCGUUAGUUGAACCUUUGCUUCGAUUUUGUAUUAAAUUUUAUGCACCCGAACCCACACAGCUGGAAGAAGAAUACACGAGGUAUCUUUUUUGCCUACAAAUAAAGCGCGACUUGGCAACAGGGAGUUUACAGUGCAAUGAUAAUACUGGAGCCUUAAUGGCAAGCUACAUUGUUCAAGCAUCAUGUGGAGACUUUGUACCUGAAGAUUACCCUGACCACACGUAUUUAUCAUCACAUCGAUUUGUUCCUCACCAAGAUACUACGAUGCAAAUAAAAAUAAUGGAAAAUCAUAAAAAACACACUGGCCAAUCACCAGCCGAAGCUGAUAUGAAUUUGUUGGAAACAGCAAGACGUUGCGAACUCUAUGGUAUGAAGAUGCACUCAGCAAAGGACAUUGAGGGAGUCCCUUUAAAUUUGUCCGUUGCUCAUAUGGGCGUUGCUGUUUUUCAAGGAAUCACGCGGAUUAAUGUAUUUUCAUGGGCGAAAAUAAGGAAAAUCUCAUUCAAACGCAGGCGUUUUCUAAUAAAAUUGCACCCAGAAGGCUAUGGCUAUUAUAAGGACACUGUUGAGUUCUUUUUUGAUGGCAGAAACGAAUGCAAAAAUUUUUGGAAAAAAUGUGUAGAAAACCAUGGUUUUUUUCGUUGUGUUUCCAUCAUGAAUUUACCCAGGCGAAAAACCAGAGUUUUAUCAAGAGGAAGCUCAUUUCGGUACAGUGGCAAAACUCAGAAACAGAUUAUAGAAUUCGUCAGGGAAAAUUAUGUUAAAAGGCAGAAUUUUCAAAGGUUUGUUCUAAGUACGUUUAUUGAAAUAAAAAUAUAUGAGAACUCUGCUAUAAUAAUUCAAAUACAAAUUAAUUGGUUUCCUCUUAGUAAAAUGUGCAAUAAAGAAACAUACGUUCAUCAUCUUCAUAGAAGAUGAAGUGAA